AUGGAUUCUGAUAAUCAAUUUACAGAAAGAUUAUCAAUAAAUAAUAAACAAUCAUUAAAUGAAAACUUGGAAAAUAAAUUAUCCAUAUCUGGUUGGCCUUUAUUAACUGAAAAAGUUUCAUUUGGUAGAAUUUCAGGUACCGAUUUGUCAUCUUUUGGAAGACAAUCAUCAAUAGGUUAUAAUUUUCAAUACAUUUCAACACGUCCAAAAACUUCACUUUUACAAAAAGAAAUUGAAGAAAAUUCUAGAAAUCUUAAAAAUUUUAUACUAAAUCAAAAUAUUUUUUUUAUUGAUCCUUUAUUUGAAAAAAAACAAUUUAAUUAUGCUACUGAGACAAACUUCCUUGAAUAUCUUCAAAUAAUUGUAUAUCAUAUAGACAAAGACUACCAAUGUACCAAUCUUCAGGAUGAUUUAAAUUUUUUUUUAAAUCUUUUUGAUUUAGAAUCAUUACAAGAGACAAUCUUUAAAAAUAUUACAAAUAAUUGGAAAUAUAUUGUUGAUGGAUUUGUAAAAUUAAUAAAAAUUAUAGAAUUUCACUAUAAUAUAUUUAAAGUUGAAAAUUAUGAUGAAAAUAAUUUUUUAAACUAUUUAAAUGAUCUUCCAAUGCUUGAUAUUUUAAAUAAGACAAUUCAAAAUAUGGGUUUAUCAGAUGAUUGUAAACUAGAACAUUAUGAAGAUUCAUUAAAAUGUUAUACAAAAAAUUGUAAUGAUAUAUAUUUAACUGAUAAUAAUAAUUUAGAAAAUUUAAAACAAAAGGUUAAAUUUUUACAAAGAAAAAAAAAAGAACAUGAGAAUGUAUAUAGAGAACUUGAGACACAAUCUUAUAAAUUAGAUUUAAUGAAUAAAGAUAUUGAAAAUUUAAAUAAUAAUUUAAUAUCAAAUGAUAAAUAUAUUACUAAUAUUCGAGAAGAGUUAAAUAAAAAAAUAUCAUGGAUUGAAAAUAAAAAUAAUGAAAUUAUUAAAAUAAAUGAAGAAUGGAUAAUUACUAAAGACAAAAUUAAUAAUCAAAAAAUAAGUAAAGAAGAAGCAAGACAAUUAUUUACAAACACAGCAAUUAUCAGUAAUCGAAUUGAUAUUUUGGAGGAAGAAAUAAAAUUAAUCAAAAGAAUAUAUAACGAAAAAUGUGACAAAAUAUCAGAUUUACAACAAACAAUUGAUAUUAAAUCACGAAGUUUCACAGAACAAUUAAUAAAAAUUUAUAAAAGUAUAUAUAAAAAUACAUUGUCUGAAGACAUAGACUAUAAAUAUUUAGAUAUUUCAGGUGACUUAAAUCAAACAAUAAACUAUUACAAAACUACUCUUUCUUGUAUGAUAGAAAAUUCAAUUGAAAUGACAAAUAAAUUUCUGAUAUUAAAAGAAGAAGUUUUUUUUUGUUUAAAAAAUAAUAUAAAAAAUAUGAUUAAUGAUUGUGAAACAUUAUAG